AUGGCUCAGAAGCCAAUCGAUGUAAGAGUCACUCUUCUCAUUAAAAACGACUUGCGCCGUGCAAAUGCCAGUCUUAUCAUCAAAAUAAAACUGAUGGAACGAUUUCGUAGGGGCCAGGACAAGCAGGCAGCUGGACAAUUAGGAUUAUCACGUUAUGGACCGCAGGUGAUGAGCGUAUUGUGUUUAUGCACCACGGUACACCAGACCGCUCAGAACAACAGCCAGGCCAGCAAGAUACUUCCGAGUACACCGCCGAUCUCAUCUGAGGAAGAGAGGAUAAACUCGUCGCAGGAAAUACCCACCGACGAGCUGGCUCUAUUAGCUAAGCUGGAGGAAGCCAAUAGGCUUAUCGAAUCGGAUGCAAAGUCGUUGAACUCGCUGCAAAGUAAUCACAGUAGGAAAGGUUCCGACACAUCUCAGGUGUCCGUGGCGUCGGGGGGCAGCGGAGGAAACGGCGAUGCUGCACCCCGACGCCACAAUUCAGCUGAUGGUGAAGAGAACACGUGGACCCUAUGGGGUCACAUCGUCGCUGAUUGGGAUUAUCAUUGGAAGAAGAGGAAAGAGUUCGUCAAAGAAUUAGUACGUCAGGGAAUACCUCAUCAUUUUAGAGGUAUUGUUUGGCAAUUAUUAAGUGGUGCUCAUGACUCUCCUGUGAAAAAGCAAUUCGCCGAGUAUAUUAAGGCUACAUCAGCAUGCGAAAGGAUAAUCAGGAGGGAUAUAGCGAGAACAUAUCCUGAGCAUGAUUUCUUUAAAGAGAAAGACGGGCUUGGCCAGGAGAGUCUAUUUAACGUUAUGAAAGCGUACAGUCUUCAUGAUCGUGAAGUGGGAUACUGUCAAGGUUCGGGAUUUAUUGUAGGAUUACUCCUUAUGCAGCAAAUGCCAGAGGAAGAAGCUUUCGCUGUACUGGUAGCGCUUAUGCAAGAGUAUCGUUUGCGAGACAUGUUCAAGCCGAGUAUGGCUGAAUUAGGGGUGUGCAUGUAUCAGCUAGAACAUUUAGUUGCUGACACGCAUCCCGAGUUACACGCUCAUUUUACGGCUCAAGGUUUUCACACGUCGAUGUACGCAUCGUCUUGGUUUCUUACGCUUUUUACCACAGCGCUCAGCCUACCGCUGGCCUGCCGCAUUUUUGACGUGUUUCUGUCCGAAGGCAUGGAAAUUAUUUUCAAAGUUGCGCUGGCCAUGCUGCAUUUAGGCAAGGAAGAUUUGUUAAGCUUGGACAUGGAAGGCAUGUUGAAGUUCUUUCAGAAACAGUUACCUGGAAGAGCCGAGAAAGAUCCUGAUGGCCUCAUGAAUCUCGCCUAUAGCAUGAAAAUAAAUCCAAAGAGAAUGAAGAAACUCGAGAAAGAUUAUACCGUCUUGAAAAUGAAAGAACAAGAAGAAAUGGUUGAGCUUCGUAGACUUAGAGCCGAGAAUAGGUUACUUAGGCAAAGAACUGAACUUCUCGAAGCCGAGUCCGCGGAGCUAGCAGACAGAUUAGUCAGAGGUCAAGUUUCUCGAGCAGAAGAGGAAGAAACUGCUUUUGUUGUACAAAGAGAGUUAGCUGCUCUUCGACAUACGCAUCUUGAAACCAGUCAUCAGCUUGAACAAGCUCAUGAAGAAUUAAGAUCAUUGUCGCUUCUGUUAGAAGAAAAUGUCACCUCGAAACAAUCUUCUCUAGAUGAAAUUUUGUCAAAGCAGGAAGCAUUGUCGCAAAAAGAGGAAAUGAUACAAUGUUUGCAAGAGGAAUUAGUGAGAGUUCGGCUACACGAGGCUGAGAACGAUGCAACGAUAAGGGAACUUAGAGCAAGAAUACAAGAACUGGAACAGGAUAAAAAGACGUUGCGCGAAUCAACGCCAGAUAAUUCUGUUGCUCAUUUACAAGAGGAACUGAUUGCUGAUCUUCGGCAAAGAGUAAUGGAAUUGAGUAGUGCUUGGCAAAGACACCUACAGGAGCAUCGUUCCGCUCAGGCUCAACCUGCAAGCGAUUCCACGCCGAAGAAACUUUUGUUUUGGGAGAAUCGAGGACAUGAAGUUCAAAAAUUCGAAGAAGAUUUAAUGACAACUAGAAUUCGCGAGAUGGAAGCCUUGACAGAAGUGAAGGAGCUUAGACUCAAGGUCAUGGAGCUUGAAACACAAGUGCAAGUCGCCACAAAUCAACUUCGUCGACAAGACGAAGGGGGGAAAGUAAUUAAAGAGGAAUUAGAGACUGCCUUAGCUAGGGAGAAGGAACUUACUGCCAAACUGCGGGAGCAGCAACAUAAAUAUUCCGAUUUGGAGUCUAAAAUGAAGGAUGAAGCUAUGAUGGCUAGGAUACGCGACGCAGAGCAUGCGCAACAAGUAGCAGAACUCACUCAAAAGAUAUCUCUUCUUGAAUUAAAAAAUGAAGAGAUGCAUGCAGAAGGUGAGCUUAGGAAUAAUUUAGAUGACAGUGAAAGAGUCAGAGAAUUGCAGGAUAAAGUUGCAGAAUUAAAAGCUGAGGUCAUGAGGCUAGAAAGUUGGAAGCAACGUUGGACAGGCCAUGGUGGGCAAAAUGUAAGAAGUUUCAGUGUUGACACUGAAAGCGAGCUGGACGAGCGGGAUCUCAGAAUUUGUUUACAGGAUCAUAUCAAUGCGACUGCACAGAACUCACCAGAGCCGAGUAUCAGUUUUAAAUGAAUUUCUUAAUCGUGGAUUUUAUCACAAAUAACGUUGGAACGUUAAGGGUUGAACGCGUCCACAGUUUUUCGCUUUGGCCUAAAUUUUACUGUACAUAAUUCCAUAAUUUUGUCACGAACAAUUGGCACCAAGAUUAUAAAAAUCGUUCGUGAACGCACCAAACACAAAAAUUCUCUCGAUGGAACAAGAUAUUUUGCUUUCAUGCACGUUUGAUGAAAAAGGAAAAAGAAAAUUGCAUGUACUCUUUGCAAUAUUGUAAAACUUUUGUCAAUCGAAUAAAUUAUUAAUAUAUCGAGUAAAUUUGCCAAUCAAAAAGGAAAUUUUUAUAACACGAAAUGAUCUUUACUCUGCAACAAAUAUUUCACCAAGGAAAUCGAAACACGUUUCUUUCGUCUAUUAAGAAUAAGGAGAGUUAAUAGGAAUAAUUUCAAUACUGCCUGAUAUUCCGAAACCGAGUGGAUUAAACCGUAUAAAUGGCUAAUGAAAAGUGUCCAUUAAAGAAUACCUAAAAUUCUCUUGCAUCGCUUCUGCGGAUAUAGGUGUGCGAUUAUCCGAAGAUCAAUUUUUACGAGUAUUGCAUUUUCUUAAGUUUAAGCUUGUUUUAACAAUAAAUGAAAAAAGAAUAAUAACAACAAUAAUAAUAGUAAUAAUAACAUGCGAAAUAAGAAAGAAAUAACAAUUGAUUGUAUUUAACUGGAAAAUUGUGAAAAAAUACAAAAAAAAAAGUGUAUAAAUGAUAGCUGUAGCUCUUUUAAAAAGCUAAAAAGUUAUAUAGAACUGACUUAUACGUAUGUGAGUACUGUAGUAUUUAUUUUAAACAAUUGACCAGUAAAUGCAUUUAAAAAAAAAACCAGUUUAAUUGCUUUUAUAUUGAGAGGAGAAGGAAUUUAUUUAUUUAUUCGUUUUCUUUAUUGGAUAUUUUACUAUUUCUCGUAAGUACUGAUUGAAAUUAAUACGAAGCGACUUACGAAGAUAAUUUAAUGAACUAUCGGUAUGGAUCAAUCGAUCCCCUGUGAGUUCUCGAGUGAUUUAUUUGAAAACAAAAAAUUUGAUACUAAGAACUUCUAUAUGUAAACUCUUCAACUUAGUACGAAUCAUGUAAUUUAUUUAUAUUUAGUGAAGCUGUUCUAAAUAUAUCACUAUAUUAAUCAGUAUUUGUUAUAACGGCAAAUAGUUUCCCAGGCAGUACUUGAUUUUAAACAAUUCUCUAUUUCCUAUAUUUUUUAAAAGCUCUUGUCAUUAUAAGUCAAUUGUGCAGUUCUUGAAAUAAUCUUUUUUCAAAUCGUUCAUACGCUGUUUUUUUUUUUAUAAAAAUUCAUUUUAUUAUUUCAUAUGUCCACAAUAUAUGUACAUAUAGAAUUAUUAUUUAACAUGUAGUAUUUUACAUGUAGAGUUACUGUUUAAGAUUUAGAAAAAAUCUUUAAUCAAAUUUUGAUAACAGCAUCAGUUAUAUUCUUUUAAUAGUAAUAGUAAUAAUUCUUAUAAUUGUAUAAAUACGAAUUUGCCGGGGAAUGUAUUAGCCAUGUUUGUGGUGUCGAUCGAUCAGUAUCAAACAUUCGAUUAUUUAUCACUAUCGAUAGUGCCAACUUCAAGAACAAUAGUACCAAAAAUACGUAUGGAACAUUUUUCUUAUUGUUAUCGAAAACACGUGAAUGACUAAUAUACAUACGUUUUACUAACAUUGUUUAUCACUUUCUACGCAUUUGUACUUUAAUAAACAAUCGUGAAACUUUUCAGGUAUGUUCGUUCAAAGUUUCACAAUACAAUGACUCUGUCUGAACACAUUUCGGCAUUUUGUUACGGAUCAUUUCGGAAUAACUAUGCGAACUAUGCGCUGCGUGCUACAAUUGUAUUUCUAGAACGAGCGUCCGUUAAUGAAUCAUUUGUUAGUGAUUUUCCUGUUGUAUGCAAAGUACAUAUUUUGACAGAUAAUGCGCACACUAUGAACAACGAUACAAAUUUGUCACAUUUGAACAUUGUGGGGAAUAUUAUAACAUCAGGAGUAAAUAAAUUUUUAUUCACUUUUAA